AUGGCCUGUUUUCACUGGGCCUGUCAGUCAAUCGAUCGGUCGGCUUUCGCACAACCCGGGCCUGUUUUCACUGUGCCGUUAAGUCUACUUAGCGGAGUGUUGUUCGUAACAUUUGGUUUGAUGUACAUUUUAAAACCCCAAGCUCUAAUCAACAGAACGAUCAUGAGAAAAACAAAUAAAGAAACAAUUGUAAUUUACAGCGAAGAUUUGAUGAUAAUUGGGUUCUGUUUUGUAACACUUGGUGUAGUUAUCAUUAUCACUUUUUUUUUUGGAUUUUUCGCUACAUGCACUAAUUUGAGAAAAAGAAUGAUGCAGGACGUUGUUUACAAUCUCGACGUUGAUGUCCCUUUUCUCCAUUAUUCCAUCAUUUUGGUGCACCAUAAUCCUGACCCUUCUGUUCUAGAAUCAUCAUUUGAGGCGAACAUUCUUUACAAAUUUGGCGCAGCUUUACACCAGCUUUUGAUACUUUCUUUGCUGACGCAAAUUUUCUUCUCUGUGUGGUGUGCUAUGUUGACUCUCCAGGUCGCUCCGUCCGGUUUCGUAACAGAAACCGAUAUAUUUGCUUCAUAA